AUGGCGUCCACAGUGCUAACACCGGACCGAAAACCAAACUGUUUCCCCCAAGUGGUUGGUGUGGUUGAUGGGACACAUAUCCGUAUUCAAGCGCCUAGCGCCAACGAAGACGAUUAUGUGAACAGAAAGGGAUUUCACUCCCUUAAUGUACAGAUGAUUUGUGAUGCCACUUUUUGGUUUGUUGACGUAGUCGCAAAGUGGCCUGGGAGCGUUCACGAUUCAAGGAUCUUUCGUGAAAGCGCCAUACGUCAGCGCUUUGAAAGAGGUGAAAUCAACGGUCUUCUGCUUGGUGACUCUGGCUAUGGAUGCAAGAGGUAUCUUAUGACACCAUAUCAAAACACCGACAGUCCUUGUAAGCUAAUACUUUCGGUGUCUUCUGUCGUCGUUGUAACGCCCGUUGCGUCCCCGGCCUCCAGCUCCACGCCCAGCACCACGGCCCCUUGUAUCGACAACGAUGAACAGUUCUAA